UUCAUUAUCCCGUCAAAACUCUUACCAGUCAUUUUCACCAUUACUCUCAUUGAAUUAAGUUUCCUAUAACCGAGAAAGAGAAGCAACUCGUAAAACUUGGAAAAUUCAGUCUCAUUUUCCUUUCUUAACGCGGAUUCAUAAAGACCAUAUCUUCUCCUAUCUAUACCUUCGAAGAUUCAAACACCGUUUCCAACCAACCCAACAAAGUUAUUAUUGUUCUCUUCAUCUGGGUAUUUCUCUGUUAUAUCUUUGUUAAAUUUUGAAGCUUCGGAGGUUUUUAUUUUUGCGAGUUUUGUGAGGCUUCUUCACGGGGUACUUUAGAUCUGAUUCUAGAUACCCAGGUACAUAAUUCAGCAGUCUUGGGCUUGUCGAAGCAUGUGUUAGCGAUUGACUUGAGCUUUGUGCAAUUUCAAUGGCGGCAGCGACUAUAGUUUCUUCUCUACGGCGGCGGAAAUCUCCGUACCUUCAAGCGUUCUUGGCUCCGGUAGACCUCGCCGAUGGGGCACUUAUACAGACCCUCACAUCCGUAUCCGCCAAGCUCGUCUCCGGCUUCUCCUCCAAGUCGUUCUUCUUUCAGCGCAAGAAUUGUCGCUCUCUGAUUCGCAAAAUUGAGCUCUUUCUGGUCUUGUUGGAGUACCUGAGGGACUCUGUUUCUGGGUCCAAUCUUCCUUCGACGGCGCUGUUGUGUUUUAAGGAGAUGCAUUUGCUUCUCUAUCGGUCCAAGAUACUCCUCGAUUAUUGCGCUCAAUCGAGUAAGUUAUGGCUAUUGCUUCAGAACCAUUCAAUUUCAGGCCAUUUUCAUGAUUUGAAUCAAGAGAUUUCGACUCUUUUAGAUGUAUUUCCAAUGAAAGAUGUUGAAUUGAGUGAGGAUGUGAGGGAACAGAUUGAAUUGUUGCGAAAACAAGCUAGGGAAUCGAAUUUAUAUAUUGAUAAGGAUGAUGAGGCCUUGCAUGUUCAUUUCUUUUCGUUUCUUGAUGAGUUCGAGAAGGGAAAGAUACCCAAUCCAGUGGAGUUGCAAUUGUUCUUUGUUGACAGGUUGGGGAUUAAAGAUGUCCAUAGUUGUAGAGCUGAAAUUGACUUUUUGGAGCAGCAGAUUGUGAUUAAUGAGGGCGAUGUUGAACCAACAGCCCCUGUGCUUCAUGGGUUUGUCGCGAUCACCCGGUAUUGCAGGUUUAUGGUAUAUGGUUUUGAGGAAGAUGAAUUGCAAUUACUAUUUGUUAAUCGGAAGAAACCAAGGAAAGGACUUAUUAGUCAAGAAAUCGCCGAGACAUUUGUGACGAUUCCUAAGGACUUUUGUUGCCCCAUAUCAUUGGAUUUGAUGGGAGACCCAGUUAUCAUUUCUACAGGGCAGACUUAUGAUCGAAGUUCCAUAUCUAGGUGGAUGGAAGAAGGGCAUGGCACUUGUCCUAAGACAGGACAAAUGCUUGUCCACAACCGCCUCAUCUCUAAUAGGGCAUUGAGGAAUUUGAUUUUUCAGUGGUGCACUGCUCAUGGGAUCCCCUACGACCCGCCAGAUUCUGCAGAAUCUUUUCCUGCAGCUUUGCCAACCAGGGCGGCACUUGAGGCUAAUAGAGCCACCACAAAGCUUCUCAUCCAACAGCUCGCAGAUGGGUCUCUUGGUGCGAAGACAGUUGCUGCUCAGGAGAUACGUUUGUUAGCCAAAACAGGAAAAGAAAACCGCGCUUUCAUUGCCGAAGCUGGGGCAAUCCCUCAUCUUCUUAAGUUGCUCUCGAGUCAAAACCCUGUUGCACAAGAGAAUUCCGUAACAGCUAUGCUCAAUCUAUCAAUCUAUGAAAAGAACAAGAUUCGAAUCAUUGAUGAGGAGGGGUGUUUAGCAUCGAUUGUGAAAGUUCUGCUGUUUGGGCACACAACGGAUGCCAGGGAAAAUGCCGCAGCAACAUUGUUCAGUCUCUCUGCUGUUCACGACUACAAGAAGCGAAUAGCUCAUGAGGACCGGGCAGUUGAAGCCUUGGUGGGGCUAUUGAGAUUGGGGACCCCAAGAGGGAAGAAGGAUGCGGUCACAGCUUUAUAUAAUUUGUCCACUCACGUGGAGAAUUGCACGCGAAUGAUUGAAACCGGGGCUGUAACAGCACUUGUUGGGGCAUUGUCACAAGAAGGGGUGGCCGAGGAGGCUGCAGGUUCAUUGGCCUUGAUUGUUAGGCAAGCAACUGGGGCCGAAGCAGUUGGGAGGGAGGACAUGGCCGUGGCUGGGUUACUAGGAAUGAUGCGGUGUGGAACACCAAAGGGCAAAGAGAAUGCUGUUGCAGCUCUGCUUGAGUUGUGCCGGAGAGGCGGCCCUGCUGCCAGUGAAAAAAUUCUUAAGGCACCAGCAUUGGUGGGUCUGCUUCAAAUGCUUCUGUUUAAUGGUACAAAAAGAGCAAGGAGGAAAGCGGCAUCACUUGCUAGAGUGUUUCAGAGGUGUGAGAAUGCAGCCUUGCAUUUCGGUGGUGUCGGAUAUUCAUUAUCUGGAAAUUCAGCUGCAGACAGGGAGCCAAGUAUCGUGGGUGAUGUUUCAGUACAUAUGUCCAUUUCAGUGCCUGUUUUGUAGGGAUGAUGACAUCCGGCGCCGUUCUUGGUUGUCUCCUCCUUUGACGUGCAUCCCCAUUCAUUUUUGUUGGCAAUAUUCUACACCAUUCUUUUGUUAAAAGAAAUCUCUCAGGUGAUAAAGAGGAAAUUAUAGACAUAUCAGUCUUCAAAAGAAAUAUUAAUGUCUUGAGCCGUUAGUUUUACUUUUGUCUUCUGAACAUACAAUAAUUUACUUAACAAUACUAAAAGAUACGGGAAUCUUUGAAUUUUAA